AGUUUUAAUGAAGCUCGAAGCUCCAUAUCCAGAUGAUGUGGGGGAAUAACAGAUCUGAGGCAGACAGAGGCAACAUUGUUCUCCAUCUCAGAGUGGAUGCAGCUCCUCCCUCUGCGCGCGCGGGGCUUCAUUUCAUCAAAUCCUUCAACUUGGACCACUUGGGCUCAGUCGCACUUUGGACUCCACCGCAUUUGGCUCCAACGCCGCAACUUGCAGCAGUUUCUCUUCCACAUCGAGCUCAGAACCUCGUCCCGGAGAGGCAGCGAAGACUCCCAGCAUCCGCUGCAUCCUGUUCUUCCCCCAGCGAUGGAGACGGAGGUCAGGUUCUGCCCAAAGUGGCACGGUGCGCUCCGGUUCGGGCUCUUCCUGCUCCUGUCCGGCUUGCUUGGCGUCGCCGAGGCUGAGAUAACCUGCAGGUCAUGCCGGGAUGGGAAUUUGUGGUCCGGAGCGCAGGAAUUACUGCUGAGGGUCGAAACAAGUGGUCCCGCUGCCGGGGUAAUGGGGGAAGUUUUGGGGAGCGGAGACCGGACCGGGAGGGUCCCCUGCGAGCCGGGCCCCGCUGGAUGCGCUCCAGACCGGGGCCAGCACGCGCAGCUGAGGCGGGACCGGAUUACAGACAGCGGGAAAGUUUCCCAACACAGGGACGGUGUUGGUUCGACUCCACGGCGCUUCAGGAGGGACAGUGGCGGGGAUGCAGUCAGCUCAGCCCCGGCAGAGGGAGCGGCGGCGGCGGCGGGGCGCAGAGCGGCGCGCUGGAGCGGAGAGGAGCGCAGAGCGGCCGGCGCGCGGCAGGAGGAGUUGAAGCUCAACAGCUCCACGUUCGCCCUGACCGGGGACUCAUCCCACAACCAGGCCAUGGUGCACUGGUCCGGCCAGAACAGCAGCGUCAUUCUGAUGCUAACCAAACUCUUUGACUUCAACCUGAACAGUGUGACAGAGAGUUCAUUAUGGAGGUCAACUGACUAUGGAGCAACGUACCAGAAGCUGAACGACAAAGUGGGAGCGAAGACGAUCCUCAGCUACCUGUAUGUGAGCCCCAACAACAAGAGAAAGAUUAUGCUGCUGACGGAUCCGGAGAUAGAGAGCAGCCUCCUGAUCAGCUCCGAUGAAGGAGCCACAUACCAGAAGUACCGACUCAACUUCUACAUCCUGAGCCUCCUGUUUCACCCCGAACAGGAGGACUGGAUCCUGGCAUACAGCCACGACCAAAAGCUUUACAGUUCUGUUGAGUUUGGAAGAAGAUGGCAGCUGGUGCACGAGAAAGUGGCUCCUAAUCGUUUCUAUUGGUCCAAGAUGGGUUUGGACAAAGAGCCGGGCUUAAUUCACCUGGAAACCAGCAUCUCUGAAGGACAGGCGCUGUACGUCACCUGCAAGCUGCAGAACUGCACAGACGCCAACAAGGGCAAACCAUUCCCCGGAUACAUUGACCCCAAUUCCCUGGUGGUGCAGGAUGAGUAUGUGUUUGUCCAGGUGUCCACUGCAGGGAGGCCGGUCUACUAUGUUUCUGCAAAACGAGACGUCUUUACCCCGAUGAAGCUGCCAAAGUACACCUUGCCCAAGGAGCUGCAUGUGAUCAGUACAGAUGAAAACCGCGUGGUGGCUGCUGUUCAGGAGUGGAACCAGAAUGAAACCUACAACCUGUACGUGUCGGACACUUCGGGCGUCUUCUACACUCUGGCCCUGGAGAACGUGGUCAGCAGCAUGGGUCUGGAGGGCAACGUCAUGGUGGACCUCUAUGAGGUGGCAGGAAUAAAGGGCAUGUUCCUCGCCAACAAAAAGACUGAGAACCAAGUAAAGACGUACAUCACUUAUAACCGCGGCAGAGACUGGAGGUUACUGCAGGCUCCGAGCAGAGACCUGAGAGGCAACAGCAUCAACUGCGUGCUGCCGUACUGCUCAUUACAUCUCCAUCUUCACGUGUCUGCCAACCCCUACACAUCUGGAAACAUCGCCAGCCGGGAGUCGGCGCCGGGGAUCAUCGUGGCCUCAGGCUCCAUCGGUUCAGAACUGACCACCAGCAAUGUGAGUGCGUUCAUCACCUCUGAUGCAGGAAACACGUGGAGACAGAUCUUUGAUGAGGAGUACGCCGUGCUUUACCUCGACCAAGGUGGAGCCUUGGUGGCAAUAAGACACACUCCACUUCCCAUCCGACACCUGUGGUUGAGCUUCGAUGAAGGACGGCAGUGGAACAAGUACAGCUUCUCCAACACGCCUCUGUUUGUGGACGGGGUGCUGGGCGAGCCGGGCGAGGAGACGCUCAUCAUGACGAUCUUCGGGCACUUCAGUCAUCGCUCUGAGUGGCAGCUGGUGAAAAUAGAUUUCAGGUCCAUCUUCAACAGGAGAUGCACGGAGGCGGACUACCAGACGUGGCACCUACACAACCAGGGUGAGCCGUGUCUGAUGGGCGUGAAGAGAAUCUACCGGAAGCUGAAGCCGACCUCCAGGUGCGUCAUGGGAAAGACGUACUCCGUGGCGAUGACCUUGGCUCCCUGCGACUGCACGGAGGCGGACUUCGAGUGUGAUUAUGGCUACGAAAGGCGGACUGAUGGGAAGUGCAGCCCGGCCUUCUGGUUCCAUCCGUCCUCCAUGUCCCGCAGCUGCACCACGGGAAUGACUUUUCUCAACAGCACGGGCUACAGGAAGGUGGUGUCCAAUAACUGCACAGCAGGAGUGAUAGCAGAGUACACGGCCCGGCGGCAGCACUGCCCCAUCCAGGCUCCCAAAGGCCUCCACCUGGUCACCAGCGAGGGCCGGCUGACCGCCACGCUGGGCGCCAACGUCACCUUCCUGGUGUUCCUGGAGGAGGGAGACGGAGCGAGGACCAGCGUCACGGUGGAUUUUGGAGAUGGUCACGCUCUGACGUACUCCAACGUGAGCUCCAUCGAGGACGGCAUCAAGCACAUCUACAAAUCCGUGGGAAUCUACCGGGUGACGGCCACCGGGGAGAACAGCCUGGGUUCUGAGACCGCCACGCUCUUCCUGCACGUCACAUGUCAGCUGGAGCAUAUCCAUCUCUCUGCUCCCUUUGUGGCGGUGAGGAACAAGGAAGUGAACCUGACCGCCGUUCUGCAUCCCAGCCAAGUGGGAACGGUCACCUACAUCUGGUGGAUCGGAAAUAACACCGAGCAGCCUGUUAUCACCCUGGAGGGAAGCGUGGCGUGUACGUUCUCCAGGGAAGGGAUCAAUACAGUCACGGUGCAGGUGUCUGCUGGGAACGCCAUCCUGCAGGACAGGAAAACUAUCGCUGUCCACGAAUAUUUCCGAUCCCACCUGCUGGCCUUCUCCUCCAACCUGGACGAACACAACCCGGACGUGGCCGAGUGGAGGCAGGAUGUGAGCCGGGUGAUCCGGAACGCUCUGAUCCAGGCGACAGGCGUACGGGAGGACCUGCUCCUGGUCACCGUCCUGCCAGGUUUACCAACAGCAGCCGAGUUUUUCCUGCUGCCUGACAAGCAGCUCACCGAGGGGAAAGCAGAGAAGAGCUCGGCUCAUUUAGAUCAGCUCUCUGACCUCCUGCUGAACGCCUUGAAUCAGAACCUGGUCCAGUUCACGCUGCGGCCGGGGGUCCAGGUCACCGUGUACGCCGCUCACCUGUCGGCAGCGCCCCUGGUGGACACCAGCGAGAACCACAGUGGCUCCGCCAUGCUAAUGCUGCUCUCUGUAGUGGUUGCGGGUUUAGCUGUGUUUGUCAUCUACAAAUUUAAGAGGAAGAUCCCAGGCCUCAACGUCUAUGCGCAGAUGCAGAACGACAAAGAACCAGAAAUGAUGAGUCCAGCCAAUCCCUCAGAGGCCACGCCCAGCUCACCGCAGGACUUGGUGCCUUCUCUGGAGAUUCUGGACACCGAGUUGAACUCGCGGCCCAUCGUGAAGUGGUCCAGACUGCAGGAGAAGUAGACAUAAACAGAUCAGUGGCUGUUAGUGGAUGUAUGAAACCUCAUGUACAUGUGAAAUUCUCCACAGAACUUCCCACAUUCAUCGUCUGAACUCUGGACUGGACUGAAACCUCCAGCUGCCAUCUUGGAUUUGAUCUUACUUUUGUUUGGAUUUUGCGUUUGGAUCACGAUGGUUUGGAGCUUUACACCUGUGCAUGUUGGAGCCGGACGACAUCCUGCUGGAAGCAGAAGAAACUGUGUACAGGUUUUAUUUUCUUCUCGUUUCUCCUUCAUGUUUUAAAAGAAACAUGUUCAGACUUGAGUUUGUUUCUGAGUGAGGAGGAUCGCCAGCAUGAACGAAACGAAGGCUUGGGGUUUUCUCACAUCCUGGAUCAGUUUGCUGUUUUCUGAUGCAAACAGCAAACAGUGUAUUAUUUAUUCAUAUAAAAUGCUUUCAUGAAGUACGAUAUGGAAGUGAGUGAAACAUUUAUUUUGUAAAUCAUGAAUGUCUAUGUUAGAACUUUGUGUAUUUUAAUAACAAAUGUACUAAAAAUAUGACUCGUCUAUUUCAAAGCUUUUGAUCUAUUGUCCUCAAAAAGCUGAUUUAUGGCACAAAGCAGGUUUUCUACUGAAAUAUUCUGCUUUUCUUUUGGUUUUUACAACAACUUUGAGUUGUCAGGAUUCAUUUAAGCCUUCAUGUUUGUUGCCUCUGCUAAUAUUGACGACACCUGCCAGUUUGUAAAAAGCUCCGUGCUCCAUAACCUCCUUCCCACAGCCGGCCCCCAGCCAUCAGCAGAGCUUUCAGGAGCAAAGAUAAAGCCGUGUGUGCGGAUGGCAUCCAGGCUGCCGGUGGUCCUGGAAUGACCGCAGGAGGCCAAGUGGAGCUUAUCGAGACGCGCGGAGAAAAGUGGGACCUGCAAUGAGAUCCAGCUGCGUUACAGGAGAAAUCAAAGAGCGUGGCAGCUGGAAAACACAGAGACAGAUGGAAGUAAGACGAAGCAUUAAGAGCGUUCCAGUGGGCAGAAUGAGAGGAGGGCGACUGCUUGAAUACUUAAUGUGGCCUGUCGAGCUCAAGGCCCACUAGGGUUGGUGACACAUCUGGGUUAAUGUUGUGACCCGCUGCAGCGAGGCGGCCGUCUUCAUCCCGGCUCAUUAGGACAUGCUGCAGGAGCGCAGCGGCAGAAGUGGAGCGCAGCAGCUGCAGCUGCAGGGCGGAGCGGCGGAGCGGUGCGGCGCGGCUGGCUUGGACCAGACACAAGGAAAUGCCUGAUUGAUGCUUUCACAGCUUCUGAGGCAACGCAGCCGGACCUGGUCAGAAGAUUUUUAAAUGAAUGUUGGAUCCAAACAGAGCUUUUCCAUGUAUCACACCUCGGAAAAGUAUUCAGACCCUGGAAAUCUCUUUAUUUUCUCACAUUACAAACACAACAGUCAGUAUUUUAUUCCAAGUCUUUGUGAUGGAUCAACAUCACAGUGAAUGGAUGAAAUAGUUUCUUGGUUCAUGGAGGAUUUCUAAAAGUUUCCUCACCUGCAGACACUUUCUGGCAGAUUAGUUUAAAACUCCAUCAGAUUGAAUGAAAAGCUUUUGAGAACAUCUAUUUAAAACACCGAGCUUUGACUAGGCCUUUUUAACACCUAGAUAUUCUUUGCCUUUGGCUGCACGUUUGGGGUCAAAGACCUGCUGGAAGAAUCUCCUCCCCAGUCUGAAGUCUUUCUCCAGCAUUGAUACUUCCUGUAUUUUCCUGGGUUUUGAUCCGGUUUGUCUUCUCAUGUCUCCUGGUUCUGCUGAUGAAAGCCUCCCCAGAGUAUGAUACUGCCACCUCCAUGUUUCCUGGUGGGGAUGUUCAUGGAGAUGUUCCUUUUGUAUGUUGACCAGAACGUUUUGCACAUCACCUCCUUCCAUGUUCACCAUGUCUCCAUCAUGUCUGGUGAACUGAAAGCAGAACUUUUUCUGGCUUUAUUUUUCCAUAAAAGUCUGAUUAGUGGAGCGUUCCUCUUACAGUUGUCCAGGUUCUCCCACCUGAGCCUCUUAUCCCUGCACAUCCUCCAGAGUUAUCUUCUCUAAUAAAUGCCCGGUCCAGUUAAGACUGGAUCACUCUAAUUAGGUGGCGUCUGAAGGGAGUUUUUUAGAGUUAAAUAGUUUUCCAUCCAUUUCUCAUGCAUUACUUUGUGUUGGUCUGUUUCAUAAAGUCUCGAUAAGACGUCUGUGUUUGUAACACCGACAUGUUAACAUGUUGACAUGUCGCGGUGUGACGUUUCAAAGUGCUGUAGAAGAAGAACAGUGAAGGAAGUUUCAGCUGUUUCUGGUUCCCAUCAGUGAGGGCUUGGAGACAAUUGGCCAGACCUUCAGGAAAUGUGCUGAACUGCUGUUGAGAGAACAGGAAGUUGCUCUGGAUUUGGAUAAACUAGGUUCUAAUCUGGGACCGUUAUCUAAAAGUCAGAAAAAAUUACUUUGGUUAUCCUAAAAUAUUGGAUUUAACUUCUGGUUCAAAAGUAGAAGUAUGAAGUCACUGAGGUCAGUCUGGAUGUUUUGACCAACAGAUGUGGAAAAUAUCACUUGAUUUUUAUUUUCUUGUAGAAAAACGAGUUCAUUACUUGAGGUUGGGAUUUGUUUUGUGGGCUCCUGCUGUGGAAAUAAGAUUAAAACUGAUGGAAGAGCUUUUACUCUUUAAACGCUGGACCAACAUGGAUCUGUGUCCCGAUGUUUCAGAUUAAACAGAUAUUGUUUCUAUUCAGCAUUAUUCAUAGCUCUUUGCUCACAUAUGUGGUUUAAAUGUAUUAACUUAUUCUUAUAUAUAUAUAUAUAUAUAUAUAUAUAUAUAUAUAUAUAUAACCUUGUUUGAAUAUAAAUUCAAACUAAACAAAGUUGAUUUAAUGCUUGUGGCCAAUUUUUCUGCUGUUUGUUUUUUCUAAGGCUUUUACCUGUUGAUUCAGAUCUGAUCAUAAAUAUUUUCUAUUUAAAUAUUUCCCACAGUUAACUCCCACUUAAAUCUCUAAAUUCUCAAAAGGUUCUAAUAAUAAUAUUUGAAUUAUUCCUCCAGUUUUGGUGUCUUGGGCCCUCUCUUUCCACUGAUUGACGUGUUUCUGUCUCACAGUCAUCGACACCUUAACUCCACCGUUCCACCGUUCUAUGGACCUGUAGCGUUAAGGUUAGGAACCAGGACCGGGCCGGUUUGGGUUGGUCGUAUUGGACAAACUGUCCAACUGAGCCGAACCGCAGCGGCCCGUGUUGCACUGCUCAGUGGAAACGAGGCAUUGUGAAAAUAAUGGAAGAGUGGAAGCUGUAAAAAUGUGACCCUCUGUAAAACAAACUGAUGAUGGAAGAGUGGAAGCUGUGAAAAUGUGACCCUCUGUAAAACAAACUGAUGCCAAUGCAACAUUUAACGCUGAUUUCAUCUUUCAUACUUUAGACUUUAAUUUUAGGCUCGGUUUAUUUCCUUGCUUUGUUUUUUUAUCUGAGGUUCCAGGACCAGGUCUGUCUUGUGUUUCAGUCAUUUAUUUUUUGGUGGAAAAAGAAAAUUAGAACAAAAUAACAUUUUACUUCCUUGCAGUUCAUUUCAUUUUAUGACCAACUUUUGUAAAGUAGGGAUGUAAAAAGUAUUGAGAUCUGCUUGGCCUGUCUUUGUUUUAAACUGAACCAUCCUGUCAGUCUGGAGCAGCGGGGCAAAGCAGAAAAGUCUGAAUCCAAACCAGAAGAAAGCUCUGCUUGGAGAUUUAAACCUGGAUCUGUUCAGACGUCUGAAGUCUGUCCUGCUUCCUGGUUCAGCUGGGCUGGGAUGUGUGAACGCUGUGGGAAACAUCACGGAGCUUUAGACCGAACCCUCACCAUCUCCUCCUUGCAGAAUUAGCAAGAUUAUUAUUUUUGUAGAGAAAUAUGAAUAAUAAUCCAAAAAAUAAAGUUUUAUUACUGUACAGCUUUUGUAUGAGAACAGACGGUAAGAUGUUCAAGUGUUUCUGUUUGACCUCAACUGUGCUGUGUGUAAUUGUUUAAUGCAUUUACAAUCAUAUUUAUUAAAUGGAAAGAAGUCUGUUAACUGUU